UAUAAAAUUUUAAUUAAAUCCGAUGUUAGACAGUUGUUUUUAUUAAUUAUUACGAUUAGCGUUUUACUUAAAUACUACCGUUGUAGAAAUUGUUUUGUGUGGUAGUUGUUUUAAUACAAUCUCUAUCCACACGUCGAAAAUGUCGGGUUCUUGUGAAACAAACACCAAGAAACAGAAACUCCAUCAUCAUCAUCAGGUGUCGUUAGACGUCAAUGGUGGUAGUGGCAGUGCAUCGACGGCUCCACUCGAUGGUGUUGUUCAAAAGAUCACUACUCCAGCAAUGGGAUAUUUUUGUUUUGAUACGCUUUAUUCCUAUCUGAACAGUUUGGAACCGCCCAAGAAACCAGAUUUCACAAAUGACCCAUUUCCUCUGUUUGUAACAUGGGAGACCGGAAUAGACAAGAAACUCAGGGGGUGCAUCGGCACAUUCAAUUCAAUUGCUUUACACAGUGGCUUACGCGAAUACGCUAUAACAAGUGCACUGAGAGAUUCACGGUUCAAGCCAAUCUCAAGCGACGAAUUGAACCGAUUACAUGUAACCAUAUCGAUAUUGUUACACUUCGAGGAAGGCAAAGAUUACAACGAUUGGGAAAUCGGCGUUCACGGUAUACGCAUUGAGUUUCAAAACGAACGUGGGAUGAGGCGAACUGCUACUUAUUUACCAGAAGUGGCUGAAGAACAAGGCUGGGACAAAAUACAAACCAUUGAUUCACUCUUGCGUAAAGGAGGUUAUCGAGGACAUGUAACACCCGAGACUCGUCGUUCUUUAAAAUUGACUAGAUACCAAAGUGAAACUGUAUCAGUCAGUUUCCAAGAUUAUAUGAAUCAUAUGCAAACUCAACGUUGCUAGCACCAUCUUUGGGGCCAAAAAGACACAGUGGCCCCUCAAAUACCAACACUGCCAAUUUUUAAAAACCCAAACAUGUAUUUGACUCAUUCACAUCCCUUUUCGCAAUCAAUGUAUUUCCAACUACAAACAUCACUAAUUUAUUAUAAUUAUCCAAUAUAAUAUAAAAUCAGAUGACCAAUAAAAAAAAUUAUAAGUUUUAUAAAAAUUCCGCAAUUGUUGUGAUUUUAAGGUAAAAGAUAUUAUUUUAAUUUCCAUUUUUGAUGGUUUUAUGUAAUAAGUCAAUAAAUUUAAAUUUCUUAUGAUUUUAAAAUUAAUUGUUAUUUCCAUUUUAUUUUAAACUAUGUAACAGAUAAUACAAUUUCUUAAGAGAAUGUCAUUGUUAGGUUAGGUCCCCGUUUGUUUUUUUUUCCUCUAACCCAUAUGGAAUAUAACAUAUUUGUGUUCAGCAGAACUAAUCUUUAAUAUUAGA